CCCAAUCCAGCACAACACCCAAGCACCCCAACCAGUCUUCCCAAUUAAUCUUCUGGCAAUCAAGCACAACACACAAGCACCCUUCUCUUCCUCAUCGUCUCCAGCCGCCAUAGUCUUCCCAAUUAAUCUUUGGCAAUCAACAGUUUGCCUUAGAAAUUGAUCAUAAGCCAUUGAGUGCUUCAAGUUGUUUCAUUGGCCUUCUGGUUCUAGGUUCUGACUUCUGAGACUUGUGAUCAGAGGAUAAUGAGCGUGGGUCCCUGCAGCUGCAACACCGUGUUCAUCGCCGCCUCGCCGCUGGACGUCGAGAAGCUCCACAAGAGCUUCUACUUCUGGAUCUUCCAAAUCUUCAAUCGAUACGGCCUCUCCACCUGAUUCUUUCACUUCCCCACUUUUAUUUCUGGUUAAGUCCUGCCAAAGAUAUUUGUGAUUGGCAGUUGACACUAUAGUUAGGUAGUUACAGUACUAGCACUGUUAGAUCGAAUUGCGAUUGCCGAAGAUAUUUGAAUUGGCUGCAAAAGUUUCAAGCAAGUUUGUAAUGGGGACCAUGACGCUGCCGCCCGGGUUCCGGUUCCACCCCACCGACGACGAGUUAGUCGGGUACUACCUCAAGAGGAGGGUGGACAACCUCAAGAUCGAGCUCGAGGUCAUCCCUGUCAUUGAUCUCUACAAGUUCGAGCCAUGGGAGUUACCAGAGAAGUCCUUCUUGCCGAAGAAGGAUCUGGAGUGGUUCUUCUUCGUGCCGCGGGACCGCAAGUACCCGAACGGGUCGCGCACGAACCGGGCGACGACCACGGGGUACUGGAAGGCCACGGGCAAGGACCGCAAGGUCUCCUGCGAUGGCGGCGCCGUGUGCGGGGUGAGGAAGACGCUGGUGUUCUACCGGGGCCGGGCCCCCGGCGGCGAGCGCACCGACUGGGUCAUGCACGAGUACCGCCUCUGCCAGGACCUCUCCCUCCACGGCGCCUCCGUCUUCCUCGGCGCCUACGCGCUCUGCCGCGUCGUCAAGAGGAGCGAGGCCGGCCUCAUCAAUGGCGACGCGGCGGCGAAGGCGAUGGUUCCGGCGGUGGCGGGGAAGGGGGCGAGGAUGAGCAAAGUGGCUAGCAGCUCGUCUCUGGUCACCGCCGACCACCAGCAGCCGAGCAAUGGGUCCUCGCCCUUCACGCCGAGCCCAACUCGUCUGGACAUCAUCGGCGGCGGCGGCGGGACCGAAUCCUGGCGCGACAUGGCCCCCGCGCCUCUGUGCUUCCCGCCGCAGCAGGAGGACGCCGCCUUCUUCGUCGGCGGCACCGGCGACUUGUUGUUCCCCAGCGCGGCAGGAGAGUGCGAUCCCUUCAUCUUCGGCGACAUUGGCGGCGGCGGCGGCGCAUUGAUCCCGGAAAACGAGCUCAGAUGGGACAACUUCCCCUCCACCAACAACGGCUUCCCCGCCACAGGGGGCUUCAUGCCCUCCUCAGGCGCGGGGGAGCUCUGGAACCCGGCGCCGCCGAACGCCGGCGGGGCGCCGCUGCUGUGCAGGCAGGCCAGCGACGGCAUCGACGACCUGACGGCGUGGUUCUCGCCGGUGGACGAGAACAUGGUGGUCUUCUGAUCUCAACAAGGCUUUACGGUUUCAGUGAUUCGUCUCGAGGGCAAGGAAGUAACAGAGCAUUCCAGAAACUUUUAAUUGCUCCCGUAAAAUGACCGUAUAUUUUUAGCCACCGUGUAUACGGAGGCAUAUAGCCGUAUAUGUAUUUCCUACGUGCAGGUGUGUGUGUGUCUCGUAGUCGCUGCAGAGUGACGGCCUAUUUUAUCACCGCCUUCUCUUGUGUACGUGUAUACGAGCAAGUACGUGUCGCACCCUCAUUUCACGGGAUGUAAUAGUUUCCAUUUAUUUUCAUACGGUAUUAAUAUUCAUGUAUGAAUAUUCUAGCAGGCCU